AUGUCGAUGUUUGGGGGUCUGGAUGGCGGCUUUGCCCGCUUCAUGCAGAAUGGCAUGGAUCCGCGUUUCCCAAGACCACCGCGAGCAUACGAUGAAUACUUUAAAGCAUACAGUAUGGCCAUGCUUCCCGGUAAGGAACGUCUCAACGUCAGCUAUGGUGGCAAAAUUAUCAUGCCUCCAUCCGCACUAGCACACUUGACCAAUCUCGAAAUCGAGUCGCCAUGGUUCUUCGAGUUGCGCACUACAGGAGCGUCCGAGGUGCGCCGCACGCACGCUGGUGUACUCGAAUUUAUCGCCGACGAAGGCCACGUUCAUCUUCCCGCAUGGAUGAUGCGGACUCUCGGCUUGUCGGAAGGCGAUCCUAUCCGACUCACGGGCGCCACGCUCCCCAAGGGUAAGAUGGUCAAGAUUCAACCACAAACCGUCGAUUUUUUGGAGAUCAGCGACCCUAAGGCAGUGCUCGAGCAAGCUUUCCGCAACUUUUCCGCACUGACGCCCGGUGACAUCGUCGAGAUCAGCUACAAUUGCCUCACGUUUGAGAUUCUCAUCAUGGAAAUUACGCCCGAUGCCGACGGUAUUUCAAUCAUUGAAACUGAUCUAGAGGUAGACUUUGCUGCACCCAAGGGCUACGUCGAGCCGACACCGCAGCCAAGACCUCCACCGCCAACCAUGGCCUCGAAACUAAACAUUGACAGUUCUCGUGUUGAGUCAAUUCCACCGACCCGCACGUCAACACCUGGAUCGCUCACAGGCACAAGUGCUACUGGCGGUUCUGGUAUGGCCACCCCAUCGGGUCCCUUCCGUGGCUCAGGUCAAACACUGAGCGGCAAGAAGAGCAAGGGCAAGAAGGAGCGCCAGAUUGAACAACUCGAUCCUUUCAGCAUGAUACGACGUACCGACAUGCCACGCAUCGUGACCAACGAUACCCAGCUUACAGAGAAAAAGAUUCCCGCUGCACUCAAUUUGCCUUUUGGAAAAUUGUUCUUUGGGUACGAGAUCAUCCCUGUUGGCGGCAAAGUUGAUGGAACUGUAAAGGAGAAGAAGACGGAAAGUUUUGGAGGAGCAGGUACGACUCUGUCUGGUCGCGCGCCACGACCCAAGCCGCAAGAGAAGGACAACAGUACACCGACGGCGAGCGCAGCAUCGUCAGGUUACACGCUCGGCGGAGGGCGUGUGUUGGGAGAGAGCUCGCGAAGCAGCCGGUACGCUACACCGACAAGCUCUGAUGGUCGCAGUCUCAACGAAAGCAGACGCGAAGUCAUCGAAAUUGACUCGGAUUGA